UUCUCCGGGGCGUAAAAAGAAUAGGGGAGUCCCAGGCCCAUGGGUGUCGUAAGAGGCGACUAAGGGCUUUUUAGAAGUGGGAGAGUCACGCUGCCGUCUUAUGACGUCAGCACAAUCGGGCCAGACUCGUCCGGGUUAAUUACCACACUCGCACAGAAUACCGGCGUGAAGUAGCGGCCUAGUGCCGCUAUGUUUCGCAUAGGUUAGUGUCGAGGACCGGAGGCCAUCCCUUCCCCCCCCCCCCACACAAAUUAUGAGAGCGGUCCGUAAAAAGAUAUUACCCCAGGAGGGUACCAGCUCUACCAGAGCCGGAGAAUCCCUCCCCGAGCACUCUCGCUCGGGCCGCCCUUCGUAUUCUGGGGUGGGCACAGAACCGCGCAUGACCGAGGACAAACGAGGCAGUAACACCACGGCACCCCGCUCCACGCUCAACGUGGACUUUUGCAAUAUCAGGGGAAUUCACUCCAAUUUAAUCGCCGUCCACCACCACCUUGAGACGGCGCAGCCGGCCUUGUGUUUCCUUACGGAGACGCAGAUAUCUCGACCUAGCGAUACGUCAUAUUUAACGUACCCCGGGUACAAAUUUGAGCACAACUUUUUGCCUCAUGCCGGGGUAUGUGUGUACGUUAGGGAGGAUAUCUGCUGUCGCCGUCUCGGCAAUUUUGAGGGUAGGGACCUGUCUACUCUCUGGCUCCGCGUAGAUUUAGACGACCGCGUCCGUAUCUAUGCGUGUGUCUACAGGUCCCAUAGUGGUAACGCAGAAACCGAUCAUCUCAUGGGCUGCGUUCAAGCUGCAAUUGACGUCGUGCUUGCACAGAUCCCCUCCGCUGAAAUCGUGGUCUUGGGUGAUUUCAACGGGCACAAUGCCGAAUGGCUUGGAUCACGUACCACAGACUACGCAGGGCGAUCUGUGCAUAAUUUUGCAUUGGCGUAUGGUCUGUCCCAAUUGGUUGAGUCGCCAACGCGGCUCCCGGAUGUGGAUAGCCACAUGCCGUCCUUAUUAGAUCUUCUGCUGACUACACAUCCCGAUGGUUACCAGGUCGUUGUCGACGCCCCUCUUGGAACGUCCGACCAUUGCCUGGAGUGUAGUGCCUAUCCGGCGCCAACGUCGCAGACCACCAGCGACCCGCCGCGUUUGGCACUACAAGUCAGCAGAUUGGGAUAGGAUGCGUUCCUUUUUUGCAUCCUACCCUUGGGGCAGGGUUUGUUUCCCUUCGGAUGAUCCUAGUGCCUGCGCCGUUGCAGUAGCCGAUGUGAUACUGCAGGGCAUGGAUAU